GCAGGGGCAGGGGCGUGAAACUCCUAUACAAAUGACAGCUACAAAAAUGUUCAUAGAAACUAGCGCCAUCCCGUGGUUAAGGGCAACAAUACAUUUUAGAUUUUGCUUUUUUUUCUCAAUAGAUGGCAUUAUAUCAAUUAUAUUUAUAGACAUUGUAAAAAACAACACUAUAAUGUGUUUGUUUAUAUAAAUAAUAAAUAAAAUAUGAUUUAAAGUAUCACAUCUAGUCAUUUUAAAAAUAAAUUAUUUUAAUAGUUAUAGUUACGGAUAUAGUUUAUGUGCUGGAGUGUCUAUGGUUGGGGAUUUGAAGUGCCAUUUUGUUUUCAAAACUUUCAAAACAAUUUUCUUUGCUUUUCUGACGUUUCGCUGGUGUUAUAAUUGUGCUUUUUUAUUAAUUUUUUGACGACUUGGCUAUCUUCCUACGGAUUUUGAUAUUCUACCACACCUGAUACUACUUGGCUUCGAAUUUGGAUUUUGAUAACUGCUUUCGCGAAUUACCUUGGCAAGAUAUCCGGACUACUGGCUGCUCACGAUUUUGGAUUUGUUACUUGAUAACCAUGCCUAAUAAAUCACGAUUGAAGUGCUACUUUGGGUGCGCUAAUGAUGGACCGCUGCAUCAUUUCCCUAACCCGAAAAGUACUAAACUAGAAGAUAUUGAGAAAUUUUCUCGGUGGAAAGCUGUGUUAGAUAAAAUAACACAAGAAAAAGGGAAUGUAUAUAUAUAUAACCAUAUAUUACUGUGCAAUAAGCACUUUUUGGAGGGCUAUCAGCUACCAAGCCGUCGUCUGACUAAGAAUGCUGUUCCCACUUUAAAUCUAGGACGCCAAACUCCACCCAUAAUUGAUCAAAGUAUGCCAUCUACAUCAGGGCUGCAACUUUUAAAAGUACAACAAAUUGACCAAAACAUGCAACCAUCAACAUUAACUGCUAUUCAAGUACCAAGAGGACGCCAAACUCCACCCAUAAUUGAUCAAAGUAUGCCAUCUACAUCAGGGCUGCAACUUUUAAAAGUACAACAAAUUGACCAAAACAUGCAACCAUCAACAUUAACUGCUAUUCAAGUACCAAGAGGUCAUCAGCAGCCGAGUGAUGCAGAAUCUGUCGCAUUGCAGACUUCUACAAUUUAUAAACCUACAAUGAGUCUUCGGAAACAACAAAAUAAUAUUAAAAUUAUCAAUAAAUUGAAGAUGAAGUUGGAAAAAAUGGCAUUGAAAUAUAAAAAUCAAAAAAGACAAAUACAAGCUGCUAAGAAAAUGUCAAUGAAUACAGCGUUUCUGUCGGCAAUUGAAAAACUACCCGAAAGUAUAAAGACUUUCACAAAGCUUCAAUUAAAAAGUCAAAUAAAACCAAGAGGAAGACGGUUUACUAAUGAGGAAAAGGUUAUGGCACUAACCAUAUUAAAACAAAGCCCAAAGGCGUAUGAAUUAUUAAAAAAAAUGUUUGUGUUGCCUUCAAAGAGAUGUCUGCAGGGCUUAUUACAUUCUUUUAGAAUGGAACCAGGCAUCAACAAAGAGAUUUUAGAAGAUUUGAAGAAAGUUGCAAGUCGCAUGUCUACGGAAAAUAAACUUGUUAACAUUUUAUUUGAUGAAGUUUCCUUGGCACCUGGCGUAGAAUAUAAUGCAGCUAUUGGCAAAAUCAUUGGCUUUGAAGAUUAUGGAUAUACAAGAAAUAAAACUCUGGCUGACCACGCACUUGUCUUCAUGAUAAAAGGCAUAAAAAGUAAAUGCAAACAGCCCAUUUGCUUCACAUUUUGUAAAGGAACAACAAAGGCGGCAGAAUUAAAAAAUCUUUUGAAAUGCAUUAUAAAAGAAAUAAAUGCAACUGGCUUAAUAGUUGUGGCUACUAUUUGUGACCAAGCCACAACAAAUGUAAGAGUGGUGCGGGAGCUACAAAACGAUACCAGAGAAAGAUAUGUUCGACAGGGGAAUAGCUAUAAUAGUCAAGCGUUUGAAAUUAAUGGUAAAAAAAUAUUUCCCCUGUUCGAUACCCCGCACCUUCUCAAAGGAGUCAGAAAUAAUUUAUUAAGUAAAAAUGCCAAAUUUGUACAAAAUGGUGAAGUCAAAUGGGCUAAAUGGGAACAUCUAAAAAUGUUAUUAGCUGUUGAUGAUGGGGAUGACGAAAUUCGACUAGUCAAUAAGCUAACAGAAAUGCAUGUCGAUAAAAACAAAAUACCCAAAAUGAAAGUCAAGUUUGCGGCACAAGUGUUCAGCCAGAGAGUGUCUAGUGCCUUGAGAUUUUUGUCAAAACACAACAUUCUGCCAGACGAAUGCCAAGGGACUGCAGAUUUCCUCUUAGUGUUCGACAAGCUGUUUGACUCAUUUAAUGGCCAUUCUUAUGAAGGAUCGCCUAAGAAAUAUAAGCAGUGUUUAAAAUAUAACUCACCCCAUUUCCAACUGUGGAAUGAAAUGUUGCCAAUUUUAGAAUCAAUUAAAUUUGAAUCAGUAGUUAGAAAAAAUGAUUCUGUAUUGAUUAAGCAUGAGUCGAUCCCUUCAAUCAAAAAUUGGAUUCAUAAUAUAAAAACUUUUAAGGAAAUGUGGUUGCAUGUGAAUGUUGAUUAUAAAAUAAAAAAUUUACUUACUAGAAACUUUAAUCAAGAUCCUUUGGAAAACUUUUUUAGUAGUAUUAGAAGUAAUGGUGUACGUAAUAUUAAUCCCAAUUGUAAUCAAUUUAUGAAUGCUUAUAAAACACUGCUGAUUAAUAAUUUUAAUUCUGUUCAUUCAGUUAGAGCCAAUUGUGAGGACGAUUUCAAUAAAUCAUUUCAAUCAUUUUUUAAUUUGAUUGCUAAUAAACCUGAUUUGCCAGAUAAUGAUGAUUUUGCAUGUGAUAUUGAUGCACUAUUAAUGGUGAUGAAUGAAAUUAAAAUAAAUGAUUCAUUGAUUUAUAAGGAAUCAAAAAAAUAUGUAGCGGGGUACAUAAUAAAAAAAAUUAAAACUAACGUUUUCAGGACGUGUAAGACUUGCAUGCGUGAUUUAUGUAGAUCAGAAGUUGAUGUGCAAUCUUUCAAUUAUGAAGUUGAUUAUACAAAAAAAUCAUUAUUUCAUCCCAGCGAUAAUUUCCAUAAUUUAAUGGCAGAUAUUUAUCAUUUGAUUGUAGCAUGCUUACGUGAUUGCCCAGAAUCAAAUGUAUUAUAUAAAAAAAUAAAGUUUAUGAUUAAUUGUGCAUGUGAUUAUAAUAUAAUAACCUGUAUAAAACACAAAGAGUUGUUGAUUGAAUGUAUUAACAACCUUGCAAUCAAGUUGAUUAUACACAGUUGGUGUACAGGGGUAAAUAGAAUUUUGAAGGGCAAAAUAAUGACAUUCGAUAAGAAUGACCAUGUCAAACAGCAAGCUUAUGAUUACUUUAAAAAGAAACCAAUAAAAAAUUAAAUCAA